UGCGUGGCACUAAGCCCCCCCUCCAGCCUCUUCCCCCCAGCCACCCCCUGGUGCCCCCCCAGCACACCCACGGCAGGGGCCCAGUGUGUCAGGGCCCUCCCUCCCACCCCCGUGUCAGGGUUCACCCCCCUGCUGCUGAGUCACUGUGGGUGCAGCCCCCUGACCUCGGGUGCUGAGUCAUGGGUGGGAGCCGUCCCCCACCCACCCCACAAGGUGCUUUGGGGCGUGCUGAGCCUGUCCCUCCCCAGGGGAGCUUUCUCGGUCGUCCGGCGCUGCGUCAAGCUCUGUACUGGCCAUGAGUACGCUGCUAAGAUCAUCAACACCAAAAAGCUCUCAGCCAGAGACCACCAGAAGCUGGAGCGGGAGGCGCGUAUCUGCCGGCUGCUCAAGCACUCCAACAUCGUGCGGCUCCACGACAGCAUCUCUGAGGAGGGGUUUCAUUACCUCGUCUUUGACCUGGUGACGGGUGGAGAGCUCUUUGAGGACAUCGUGGCACGGGAGUACUACAGUGAGGCUGAUGCCAGCCCUUGCCCUCUGUUUUGCCUCCUACACCCAUCCUUGUCCCCAAAAUGCCCCUUUUAUCUUCCCAUCCCCCUGUCCUGCCUCUUUCUCCCACCCCUUUACCCCCAACCUGUCCCCACACCCUGACCGCCACCUCUUGCCUCCCACCCCUUUACCUCAUCCCACCCCACCAACCUGU